AACGUCAACACAACCUCCUCUGCGCAGUACUUCGGUUGCAACCGGUCUAAAUGUGACUUCCCCAUGGACAUGGACCGCUUAUACUCUGGGGAGUUUGGCUUGAUGGGACAGACGGCGGCGGCGACUACAUCCGCUAAUCGCAUGCUGCCGUUUCCCAUGCAGCAGUACCUGUCGCAGCAGCAACAACAGCAACAGCAACAACAUCAGCAGCAGGCUGUGGAGCUGGGUUCCUUUCUGGAACCCAUGGUCUUUCAACAGACGAGAGGUGCUGGAGCUAGCUUGCUGCUUCCGUCCGUUGAGCAGUCGGGCCUCGCGGCGGCCAAGCCGACAACGCCACUAAAGCAGUCGGCUUAUUUCUCGCGUACACUUCCUCUUGGACACAAGGGUGAGUACAUCUACUAG